ACCGAUGAUGAUCUAUCUGCCUGAUAGUUUGUGAGUGAGCCUCUGUUACAUUUCAUGCAGAGUUUAGAAGUGAACUACCAGACAAGACCAUUACUGCAGGCCAGGACCUUUAUCUGUCGUUUUCCUGUAUAUCAUCAUGAUAGACCCUUCAUCUGGACCAGGAGGUGUGUGUAAGUUGCUGGACUCUCUGAGUCUUGGGCUGGAGUCUCAUAUGGACACCUCAGAGGACAGCACUUUUCUUCAGGACAUGCUCAGGGGCAAUACUCUGCAUCUGCUUAUUAAGGUCUAUGACAGACUGCAGAAGUACAGAGCCCAGCGGCCUGCUCCACUGUUGGAAAGCACACAGGGCCUGGCUCAGGACUUGGCAGAAGAGCUGCGCUGUGUAGUCGCCAGCCCAGAGACAACAGAGUUGUUAUACCUGCUCUAUAAACCUCAUGUACAGGCUCUUCUCUCAGUGCAUGACAUGGUGUCUCAGAAAGAGUAUGACCCUCGGUUGCCUCCUCUACCCCCACUGCCCGAUUACAUCGAGAAAGAGGAAGAUUCAUUCAAGAUUGUUUGUUUGGUUAAAAACCAGGAGCCACUGGGAGCCACCAUCAAGAGAGAUGAGUCUACUGGAGCUAUAGUGGUGGCUCGGGUCAUGAGAGGAGGAGCUGCUGAUCGAAGUGGUCUAAUUCAUGAAGGGGACAAGCUCAAGGAAGUCAAUGGUGUUCCAAUGGAGGACAAGAACCCAAAGGAGAUCCUUCCCAUACUAGCCAAGUCAGAAGGAGCAGUGACCUUCAAAGUCAUCCCUGGCACCAAAGAAGAGCCAGAGACCAUAGAUAACAAGAUCUUUGUAAGGGCACUUUUCAACUAUAAUCCCCAAGCAGAUCCUGCUAUUCCAUGCAAAGACGCCGGGUUGGAAUUCUGGAGAGGAGAUGUGUUACAGAUUGUAAGCCAAGAAGAUGACACCUGGUGGCAGGCCAGACGGCACGGUGACGCCAACCUCAGGGCUGGAUUGAUUCCCUCAAGACAGCUUCAGGAAAGGAGAGUGACUUUACAAAGGCCUGCAGUUCUGUUCCACCCACUGAGAGAUUCGAUGAUAUUUGGUGCUGGUUUGAGGAAAAGUUUCCGGUUGAGCCGGAAGAACAGCACAAGUCAACAUGUGAGACAGAAGAUGGGCAAAGGAAAUGCCGGUAUCCAUUUACCAAUAUAUCAGGAGGUCCUGCCCUACAAGAGAAAGCCUGGUGAGCCUUACCGCCUUGUGCUCCUAACUGGGCCUAGCGGGGUUGGUGUGACCGAGUUAAAGAGAAGACUUCUACUCUCUGACCCAGAACACUUCAGUGUAUCUGUGCCAUAUACCACUCGGGAGCGGAGAAAGCAUGAGAGAGAAGGGGUGGAGUACCACUUUGUCUCCAAACACACUUUUGAAAAAGAUAUCCUCAACCACAAAUUCCUGGAAUACGGUAAAUAUAAAGGGAACUACUAUGGUAUGAGUCUGGAUUCAGUGCGCAGGGUUGUAGCGGAGAGCAAGGUGUGCCUACUGGAUGUGAAGCCACACCCUGUUAGAGAAUACACCUCUGAGUUGAAACCCUAUGUUGUAUUUGUGAAGCCUCCGUCAAUAGAGAGCUUGAGAUUGAGUCGAAGAAAAGCAAAAGUUUUGUCAAGUCAGAAUGAGCAAACACCUACAAAAAUAUUUACGGAGGAGGACUUUCAGGAUAUGAUUACCAGUGCCCAAGCCAUGGAGAAUAAAUAUGGCCACUUGUUUGAGAAAGUGAUCAUCAAUGAUGACCUGGCCAUGGCAUUCAUUGAGCUGAGAGACAAGCUCACAAAGAUAGAAACAGACACUCACUGGAUCCCAAAUACAUGGGCUCAUGUCUGAAAAAGCAAUUCAUGUUCACUGAACCACUUAGACACAUGAUAACUUUUGACUAUGUUUUGGAGAUUUUCUGCAUAUAAAAAAGGCACACCAUAUUAUUGUAAUUAUACGCUUAUAAGUAGUGUGUGCUGGCCAGUCAUGAAUCAACUGCAUUCAUAACCGCCAAACUCAUGACACUGCACUGAAGUUUAAAUAGUUUUGUUUAUGUUGAGAAACAAGUAAUUGUAAAGAAAUUUUUAUCCGACCCUAAUUCCUACAUAAUGAUAUACAUUAUGCUGUAUUACUAGAUUAUUUCUAUACACAUAUUGCUUUGUGCACUGUUGUGGCUCAUGUUUUCACAUUAAUCACUUACAGAUGUGAAUUUCCAUUGAAAAGAUGUGUUCUCAGUCUGGUUUAAGCGAGGUGGAGCACUACAGUUUCUUUCUUUUCUUUUUUUUUUUUUUCAUAAAUUGUGACUACAAGAUUGAACUCUGGAUUAGAUCUCUGAAACACAUCCAGGUAGCUCUAUGUUCUGAACAGUUCCAAUCAAAGUUUAGAUUUGUUCCUGACAUCGAACUCCAGGCUUUAUAGUGAUUUAAAUGCCUUAGCGUUCUUGAAGAACAUUAACAUUUGCAGGUAUACAAAGGGAACCAUGAGUCAACCUCUCAGAAGGAUCAGUCCAAAGCACCUGCUUUUUAAAGGUUUAAAACUAACAAAGACCAAUUCCCAGGGCAAUUCCUCCCAAACAUUGCAUUUAGACAGGUUAGCUGACUUGGAAACUGAGAGGAAGACAUUUGCUCAAGGUGAACUUAGUUUUUCCUGCGGAAGCCAGAAGAGGAAGUGGAGUUAAUUUUCUCCAGCACUGUAUAUUCAAGGGGAAUUAAAGAGUAACGGGAGAGUUUAUGGGGUUACACUGGAUGGUUGCCUGGUCAGCAUGAGGGACAGAACUCCACACAUACCUGUAUGUACCUUUCUGUGAAGCCAGGAUGAAAGGAUGCUUUAGAUGCAGUAUGUCAGGUUUUUUUUUAUCAAAAUUGUGACAGAUUGUGAUAAAGAUUUCACAAUGUUGUGUUGUGUCUUUAUUCUAAACUAUUCACCAUUUAUGGAUUGUUGCUGCUUUUAGCCUAUCUCUGUUGCUUACCACCAAUUGUAGUUCUGUUCAUAUGGCACACAUACUGUAAUCCAAACUUGCUCGCAAAAUUUAAUUUGGAUUCCUGUAAA